ACGGUAUUUGUAACUGUCGAUAGCAGAGAGAGAAAUAGCGGUCACUUGAACAUUAUGAGGUAUUUUAGAAUUCUAUUCUUUCACUUUAAUCUUCUGCGAUGCGUUGUGAUGUGCGUUGGAAAGACGUUGAGUGCGGACGAAGCAUGCAGAGAAGGCUCUAUAUAACUCGGGUUGGCCCUAUGUAUGAUCAGUUCCUGUCAGUACAUUAUUGCUUUGUAUACGUGUCUUUCUAAUGUUGUUGGAACAAGUCCCAGCGAGUAUCAAGCCUUAGACUUGCUCGAUGCUGUACGUCUUGAGGAAUACGAGAACACCUCUGUACAUCGUGUCCACGAUAAGAAGGUUGCUGGCUCAGCCUCAUCGUCGUCGUCGGCAGUUACAUCUACUAAUCCCCCCAAUACGAAAAAGUUGGUCACUGGAAAAAGCUCCAAAUUUCUGACUCGUACAGAACUUGUCGCUUCAACGGCUGCCAAGAUGAGACUACCAGCACCACUGUCAAUGAUAUCGUCUACACCAAAGACUCAACUACAGCCAGAGGACAAGGCACCUCCGCCUUGAGUGAUUCCUUCGAACCCAUCGCUAUCGGUAGCCUCAAAGCGGCCUGCUGAUGGUUUGCUAGAUGAUAACAUCCUUCCCAAUCGAAGGAAGACCAUGAGCGGUGGCAACAGGGAGGAGAAUUCGAUGGAGACCUCAAAGAAGCCAAAGGGAUCUAAGCGUACGCGAGCUCCGAUACUAGGCGUAAGUACUUCCGUCACCUUGUACUUCAUAGUUCCCUCCUUUAAGUAUCCAAAUACAUGCACAGCACGGUUUCAGUGGAUCGGGUAUAGGUCAGAGGCGAAGCGUUGAAGGUAAUUAGUGAAAUCAAUACUUGGGCCUGGCCUCGAUACUUAGC